AUGAACUAUUUUUAUGAGGGACUUACACCAAGAGAGCGCCAAUUUGUGAAGAUGAUGCGUAAUAGUGAGUUUUUACAGAAAGAUCCCGAUGAGGCCAUAGAAUACCUCAAUGAGCUUGCUGAAAAGCUCACACUUGGACUGGACCUAGUGUUACUAAGGGCACAAAUAGGUCAUGACUUGCAGGAAACCCAAAUGGUUGUUGAAGAAAACAAUGAGAUAAAGAGCCAAGUAUCCAAGUUUAUGAGCUCCUUGAGUGUGAAUAAGCGUGGCAAUUUCCCUUCUCAAGCUCAAUCCAUUCCCCAAGGUCAACAUAUGGCUCAAGGAAAUUUGAAGGAGGUCAAUGCCAUUAUGACACGAUGUGGUAAGUCUUCACACAUUCCAACGACUAAUAAGCUAGAGAAUGUUGAAGAGGAACAAAGUAAGGAUAGUGCCGAGUUGCUGAAGGAAGCCGAGGUAAUUAAGAACCCAGUUAAGGUACCAUUUCCUCAAGUUUUAAAAUCUGGUAUGCGAACUUUGGAUUCUAGCAAUGAAAUCUUGGAGAACCUCAGGCAAGUAAAGAUCAAUCUUCAUCUUUUGCAUGUUAUUAAACAAGUUCCUACUUAUACAAAAGUUCUCAAAAAUUUGUAUACAGUUAAGAGGAAACAUCAUGUUAAGAAAACAGCAUUUCUAACAGAGCAAGUUAGUGCUCUAAUUGAGCAGCGAAUUCCUCCUAAAUACAAGGAUCCUGGUUGUCCCACCAUUGCAUAUAAUAUUGGGAAUCAUGAGUUUGGGCAAGCCUUGCUAGAUUUAGGAGCUAGUGUAAAUUUGAUGCCUUACUCUAUUUAUUUGCAGCUUGGUUUGGGUGAAAUUAAGUCUACUUCUGUUGUGCUUCAACUGGCUAACCGUUCAGUUAAGAAACCAAGAGGGAUAGUUGAGGAUGAAUGGGCUGAUGAAACUAUCUUUUGGAAACAUGACCAUGGCGGUCAACAUAUUUCACAUCAGUAA